AUGAUUCAAAAAUUUACUUGCGUUCCUAAAUCGGACUAUGAAGUUAUUAUAGUAUCUAAUGGAACUAUUAAUCAAGUUGAAUCUAAAUUAAUUGAAAUUAAUGAACAUACUAAUAAUGAAAUCCCUUUUAAUUCAAGUAUAACUUAUUUAGAUAAUUUCAAUCAAUUAAUCACUCAUUUAAAUAAAAAUUUCCCUAAUAAAGUCUUCAAUGGGAAAGUCUUAUUCAUGUUCUUUAAUGGUCUUACAUAUAUUCAAAACUUCUUAAGUGAUUUAAUCGACCAUUAUAAUAAGUGUACUAUCCUUAAUGUUCAACAUCAUCAUCAACAACAACAACAACAGAUUGAAACUGAUGAUGAAUUAUUAGCUAAAUAUUUCCAAUUUGAUAAUUACACCAAUACUAAUAAAUUAUAUAAAUCCCAUCCUGUGUUUGAAAAGAUUGAAAAUGUCUAUUUCUAUUUCGAUUCUUCAGUCUCAAUCGAUACAACCACUUCAUCAUCUCCAUAUGAUUUCUUAAUCAAUUCAAAUUAUAAUCCUUCCAAUGAUACAAAUCCUUUCAAUACCGUAGUUACCAUUGCUAAUGAUAUACUUAAAAAGAUGAGUUUCAUGAUAGGUAGAAUCAGAGGUCUUUACAUAGACGAUUUCCAAUUAAAUAAUGAAAAAAUAAUCCCGUUACAUUGUUUAAUGAGAAAUUUCCCUAAUGUUGAAAGAAUUGAAUUAUCAAGUUAUACUCAAUUAUUAAUGAAAGAUAUGAUCUUAUAA